AGAAGUACAAGGAACAGUGAAACUCGCGAACUCACUGAAGGCAAUAAGAUGAAGCAACAAAAAACGAUCUUAUCUAGAAAACGGCAAAAUGAUGGUGUAAUGUGUUUGAAGUCUGAUGAUCUUGUAAAACCAUUUUAUGAUCGUGGUAUUGUUGAACUGGUGAAUUUUCUUUGGGAUUUCGAGAGGCCGUGGAUGCGCAAGAUGACUAAAGCAUAUAAUACGUGGUACAGUUUGAAGAAGGCAAUGAUAAAAGAGGUUGUUGAAAUUGAGGAAAAGAUUAAUAAGGUGUGGAAUAUUAGGCAAAGAGACGAUAAAUCAAUACUAGCAUAUACUUACCAUUAUGAAUCGCUUGUGGUUCCGGUAAAAGCGAUAAUCAAGAACUAUGAAGAAAUGUAUUGGUAUACUUUCGG